CAUUCUUUCAUUUGUAAUUUGUCUGAAGUAUUUCACUUUUGGCAUUUUUCCUCUCAGUUUUUGUAGCAUUAGCAGUACAUAUUACAUGACAGCAACAUGGUACGUCCCCGACGGAAAUUGGUAGUUCUCAUUUUUCACAUGGCUAUUUUCAUUUUUGCUCUUCUACCAUUCGUCUGUUCAUCUCAAAAUCACAUAGAAAAGAUUAUUUACCAACGCAGUUAUAAACACAUAAUCCAUGAGUUAACUUCUGGAUUGUCAUAUCAAAUUAUGCUACAUGGAUUUCUUCUCUGGGCUUCCAUGGGUUUCUUGAUGCCUAUUGGGAUUCUUGUAAUAAGAAUGUCAAAUAGACAGGAAUGUAGACGAAGGCUAAAGAUUAUUCUGUAUAUUCAUGCUACUUUACAGGUAUUAUCUCUUCUCCUUGUAACAGCAGCAGCAAUCAUGUCAAUAAGAAACUUUGAGAACUCUUUCAAAAAUAAUCACCAAAGGAUUGGCUUAGCUCUUUAUGGUGCCAUAUGGCUGCAAACAGGCACUGGCUUUUUACGGCCUGACAGGGGAAGCAAAGGAAGGAGUAUAUGGUUUUCAGUUCACUGGCUUCUUGGAAUCACAGUUUCUAUACUGGGAAUCAUCAACAUAUAUACAGGUUUACAGGCCUAUCACACAAAAACAUUGAUAAACACAGGUGUUUGGAACUUGGCUUUCACUGUUGAGAUUGCUGUUAUCAUGUUCAUCUAUCUGCUGCAAGAAAAAUGGCACUAUGUGAAGCAAUCAAGAGUAAUUUUAAGCGAUGAACCAAUACGACCAACAGAUCAGGAAACAUCUUCAACAGAUGAGAAAAAGGAAUUGUCAGCCAUGCCAUCAUCAUCAGAGCCAUGUUAACAAAUCAGUUUGCCUUUUGCUAACAGUGAAUUCUUUCCAACCUUGUUACAAUUUUACAAGCAAAUAUAGAGCAUCAUAUACAACCUAUAAUAUGAGAGAUCUUGUGUUCA